CGGCGUGGAGGGGGCUUCCGGCGAGUGUGCAGCGGCCUGGCUCCCUGAUGAGGAUCCGGCGGACAGCGGGUACCAGACAGGUUUCCCAAUGAGAGGAUCAUGUCGAUCUCACAGUCGGGGUGAUCCAUAGCAUGGCUGCUUCUCGAUCGACUCGCGUCACAAGAUCUACCGUGGGGUUAAACGGACUGGACGAAAGCUUCUGUGGGCGCACACUGAGGAACCGCAGCAUCGCUCACCAGGACGAGGUCGUCCCCCCGUCGCUUCUACGAUCCAGAUCGCCCAAGAAAAGGCCCGAACCUGCCCCGGUCCAAAAGGCAACCAUCCCCAAGGGCGGCGAGGUGAAGCAGUCGGCUCCUCGGGAACCUUGGGUAAGCCCAAGAAAGAGGGGGCUGUCUGUUUCCGAGAAGGACAGCAACGAGAAAGACAGCGUGGAAAACAGCGACAAAAAGUCCAGCUCCCCGCUGUCGCCCGUGCUAAAGAAAAUCAAGCGUUACCUGCGCUCGGAGGAACCCGGCAGCCCGGAGGACGAAUCGCCCAGUACAUUGCCAAAAGAGCCUUUGGAAAGGAGGAACUCCGAAUCUGACAAUGAAGCAGAGACUCCCCGCCCUAAACGAACUCAUCGAUGUCUUUUACUGGAUGAUAGUUACCAAAGGGAAGUCAAAACGGACGCGGAGCCCGAGGAAAUCCUGAAAAACGCCCUCCCUGAUGGGGGCGUGCUCAACCAUCAGGCCGUCAAUGGUAUUGACAACGAGACUGCUGCUGCUGCUGUAAAUUGUAAUAAUUGCCCGUCAGACGGGGGUAUUAAACAGAACAGUACGAGCACGUUCCCUCCCCCCAAGGAGUUAAUCGUAUCGGAGAAUGGGAGCCUGCUAACUCCUUGCCCCGCUCCCAGCAAAAAGGACGUGCAAUCAGACCAUAAUGUGCCUUGCACGCACUCCGAGGAGCAGGCCCGGGACCAUGAAAUAGUUAAUAACUGCAUAAACCAGACCAAUGAAGCGGCGGGGCCCCUCGGCACGGACCCGCUGUCGACUGUACGGGACUCCGAGGAGGAGCUAGACGUCGUUGGCGACGUAGGCCUCUCAAAGGAACAAAACCGCGCCCCGAGCCCCGCUCAGGACAAGUCAGCGGAGAUGGAUUCCCCAGGGUCGGAGGCCGCGGCCUCUCCGGAGACUUGCUUCUCGGACACUCAAGAGCAUAGAUAUACUUUAAGAACUUCGCCAAGGAGGCCCGCGUCCGUCAGAGACAGCCCGCCGUUGUGCGGGGAGAACGGGCAGGUGGAGGAGGUUGGCGGCGAGUACAGCGGCAGCAGCAGUGCCGCCACCAUGAACGGCUCCGGGAUUAAUCUGGAAGAUGCCGGUCAUGAUGACAAAAGGCAGAGCUGCCCCGUAGAGUGUUCACAGGAGAAGCCCGCCGCCGAACGCGCCGCCGCGUCCAGCAGGGAGAGCGGCAGCGCGCAGCCCGCGGAGGAGGAGGACGAAGAACCCGAUGUCUAUUUCUUCGAGUCCGAUCACGUGGCGUUGAAACACAACAAAGAUUAUCAGAGGCUUUUACAGACGAUUUCCGUGCUGGAGGCGCAGCGCUCUCAAGCCGUUCUAGAUGUGGAAAGGUUAUCCCAGCAACAGAGGGACGCCCUGACCGAUCCCAUCGGAUUUGUGGAGACUCUCCAGAAGAAGAUGGACCUUGGUAUUCCUCGCCCCCAGAGGAUCGUCCAGUUACCAGAAAUCUCCUGGGACCAGUACACGACGACCCUCGGAAACUUUGAGAGAGAGUUCAGGAACCGAAAGAGGAACUCGCGGAGGGUGAAGCUGAUAUUCGAUAAAGUCGGGUUACAUGACGGUUCUCAGCGAGCAGGAGACAAGGAAGGGGAAUCGUCGUCUUAUUCUGUUCUACCGCAGAGCGACAGUCAAGAAAGCUCUGCGAGCAGCGUCCAGAUAAGAGGUCGGUUAUGUAUGGACUCCAAACCUGGGACCUUCAAUCAGUUGUGGACUGUAGAGGAGCAGAGAAAACUGGAGCAGCUUCUCCUGAAGUUUCCUCCAGAAGAGAUUGAGUCGAAGAGGUGGCAGAAGAUCGCUGAUGAGUUGGGAAACCGCACGGCCAAGCAGGUUGCCAGCCGAGUUCAAAAGUAUUUUAUAAAAUUGACCAAAGCUGGCAUCCCUGUGCCAGGAAGAACCCCAAACCUAUACAUGUAUUCUAAGAAGGCAUCAAGCAAACGGCAGCACGUUCUCAACAAGCAUCUGUUUAAACCCUCCACCUUCAUGACUUCCCAUGAACCUCCGGUGUUUAUGGAAGAGGACGACGACCACUCCAGCCGGGACCUUGAUGCAGCUGCUGACGACGACGAGGACGUCUCGGAUGAAGAGACUAUUCCCGCCUCUUGCCGUGGACUCGCAGAAUAUAAAGAACUACUUGAACUUAAAAAAUUGAAGAAGCAAAGGCUCCAAGAAAUGGAGGCAGAGAUCGGCUUUGUGCAGCACGUUGGCUUCAAAUGUGACAAUUGUGGAACUGAACCAAUCCAGGGUAUUCGGUGGCAUUGUCAGGACUGCCCUCAGCAGAUGUCUGUGGAUUUCUGUGACUCCUGCUCUGACUGUUUAUAUGAAACACAGACCCACAAAGAGGACCACCACCUGGAUCCGGUGUAUAAAGCAGAGACAUUCCUGGACAGAGAUUACUGCAUGCCGCACAGCACCAGUUACAAUUACCUGGACCCAAACUAUUUUCCAGCAAACAGAUGACGUGAGCCGGACAUGAAACGCUCGGCUCGGUAAUCUCUCUCUCCACACGCAAAAGGCCAGCGGAGCAGUCCUCGGAUCUCCCGAAGUUACAUGACUGUCUCUGCUCUCACAGCAUGAUACCUAACGUGGAAAAUACAGCUCCAUUAUCCUCCACCUGCAGCUACAGCAGCAGAACAUUCCACUGGUGCAUAAUGACCUCAUCCUCCGGGAGCCUGCCCCCUACUGGCGGCCUGUUCCAGAACAACAUGAAAUUACAGUGCACGUUCCGGACUCGUUUUUUUUUUUUUCCCCAAAGGCUUCUGAAAAAAAAAAUUUAAAGAAAAAAAAAUUGGUCAAAAUGUGAACUAUUUAUAUUAAAACCGGUUUACUAGCUUGCAGUUUUGUGAAAUAUUUUUUUUUAUUCCUUUUUUUGCACAGAAACUUGACAUUUUGAGAAGGUUUUAACCGAUCACAGUGUUCGCUUAGAAGACGCUACUGUUAAAAAGAUGACAGAACUUUAUUUACCCCCCCCUCCCCCCCUUUCUGUACGGAUUUACUCCAGUCUCUGCUUGACUAUGAGCUGCUUUUA